AUGGCUGAAGAAGAUCUUGUUCGCCUUGACAUCAACGGCAUUUUUGCCGUCAUCACGCUGAACAAUCCAACGAAGUUUAACGCCUUGACGCAGGGUCUGUAUUAUCGCCUUGCAAGCUUGCUUCGUGAAGCCGAAGAAAAUCCAGAGGUCUACGUUACUGUCUUGAUCGGCGAGGGCCCUUUCUUCUCCGCAGGGGCUGACCUUAAAGGGAAGCCACCAUCUAUGGAGGAGAUGCUAUCUCGUCCUUACUGGCUUCCGAAAUUGGUGAAUAACAACGUCGACGUGGCGCGAGCGUUCUACAGCCAUUCGAAGAUUUUGGUAACGGCGCUGAACGGACCUGUCAUAGGGCUUUCUGCUGCCUUGAUAUCUCACUCGGACUUUAUCUACGCGGUAUCCGACGCUUAUCUGAUGACUCCUUUCACCUCUCUCGGCCUUGUUGCAGAAGGCGGCUCCAGUAUCGCAUUUGUGCAGCGGAUGGGUCACGGUAAAGCAAACGAGGCACUCCUUCUUGGCAGGAAGAUUCCUGUCAGUGAGUUGGCUCAGGUCGGUUUUGUGAACAAGGUCUUCGAAAGCAAGGACAACUUCCGUGCACAGGUGAUGGAACACCUGCAUCAGACAUUCGGCGAACAUUUGGUGAAAUCAAGCCUUCUGGGGACGAAGGCUCUCAUGCGUCGUCGCUUGGUUAGGGAGCAGGACGAACAAGCGCCGCUAGAAAUGUUCGGUGGCCUCGACCGUUUCUGUCAGGGCAUCCCACAGGCCAAGAUGGGAGAGGCCCUUUCCAAGAGUAAGACAUCUCGACUUUGA